ACGACGGUCGAUUAGCCUCCCUUGAAUGUUGACGUAGGAAGUUGAAACACCCCAUUGAAAAACUCGCUGCGACUCGGCCAACAGCUCGCGAGUUGUGUGCAUUGUUUGGUUGUUUAGUUUCUACCGAAUGGUGGAUCGAAUACACUCCAGCUUAGAGAUUCGUAAACUUUUGAAUGUGAACUGUGUCAAGGAUUUCUGUGCAGUGUUUUCUUCAGCCGUGUCGUGACCGUUAGCGUCGGUUUCCACCUGUGUGACUGCUAGCCUGGUGUGCCGCUCCGAACUUGGCUAUACUUUCAUUUUGUCAACAGGGGACUCUGAUAAACAUUUCGUUUUUUGUGUGUGGACUAUUAAUUAAUUACAUAAUAUUUUGACCAUCGCAGUGGACACACAGCUAACAGAUUACUGGUUUCGAGGCUGGACAGUCCGUUUCUCUUCGGGGAUUCUAUAAAUAGCACCGGAAGUAAUUACACCGGCUAAGAUGUGACCCAAACGGGGACCGGUAAAGGUAUCAAAUUUUCAGCUGUCAGAAGAAAAAAACACCCGCAUCACGUGGUUUCUCUUCAGCAGGAAGUGACGAUAUUAUCACAGCACUUUACCAUUGAAGGUACACCGUCACUACAAACUCGGACAGGUGUGUGCUGUAGCCCAUUGAGUCAGUGUGUCCACACAGAUCCCGCGCCCGUGUUUGAUGUCACAGAGAGAUCCGCUGCUGGAUUGGAUGCAAGCCCCGUGUUGGUGGAUACACUUGGAUUGUGGAUAUCCGGAUGGUAGAUUUGGACUGAACUGAGUGGUGUUUUGAUUUUUUUUCUUCUGUCGCGUGGAUGUAUUAUUACGUCGUGUGGAGAUAGCGGUGUGAAGUGCCAGACCAGAUUAACGAACAUGGGGAUUAACGGUCAGUGGUCCUCGCUUGGACGUUGGAUAUUGUACCUGCGACGUUUGGUGGUCGUCUGCUUCUUCUGUUUGGAUGUAGCCGCCAAUGGAGAUGUGAAGUCUGCUGCAGCCAUGAACAGCGUCUUUGCCUGUGAGAACGAUACCCUAAAGCUAGAGUGCAGCUUCGGUGAGGUCAUCCGAAUCGACAGGGCCAACUACGGCCGCUUCUCGCUGAUGGUCUGCAACCCGCACGGGUUGACGGAGGGUUGGAACACCAACUGCUUCCAACCCAGAACGUUUGAGAUCAUCUCCGUCAGAUGUGAUGGACGCCAAGCUUGCUCGCUAUUGGUCGACAGCCACGUGUUCGGUGACCCGUGUCCAAGCACGCACAAGUACGCCGAGGUCAGGUUUUCCUGCGCUAGAGACCUCCUGACAACCAAAGCUCCUCUGCCUCCUUUGAUAACGUAUAAUGACGGCACCCCAAAGCCCCCAAUCGUUACCUCUCUGACUGCUAUUGACCCAACGUCAUUGAAAAUAGAAUGGACACAUGACCCAGAUGUAACUGUCUUUACAACAGCUGUUUACAUCGCUAAAGAUGGACAUGGAAAGAAUGUGAAGGCAAAUUACUUCACACCUACUCCAAAUUCCACAUUCAAUAGCCAAAUCCUUGAAAACCUAGACCCUAACACUACCUAUUACAUAUUUCUCAAGAGUGUUGGAAAACACAUGGGGGGAUCAUCACCCACUUACUCCGUUUCAACCCCGCCCCUUGAUGAAUCCGACAUGGCCCCCAUUGCAGAAAAUGCAAUAGAGAAUGUUGCUGAUGUCGAUAACCUUAGCAAAGAUAUGUCGGCACAAACACACACCCAACUCACUCAGUCAGAAAAUGUGGACUCCACAUCCUUUGAGAGUAGCCUGUAUCCACAUUUAGAUCCAACACAAUCAAAUUCUAGAGAAGCACCCUCCGAGGCUGAGAAGAGAAAAUUAACAGUUAAAAUAAGAAUGUACACAUCUCGCAGUAAAACUCCUAGCAAUGAAAGAGCCGAUGCUCCAAUACUUUCUGAUGAGAUGGAAGGAGAUGGAUCCCAGGAACCAGAACCCAUCAUGGAGGCAGUCAAACAAAUAACCUUUGCUAAAAGUCCAGUCCUUGAAACUGAACAGAAACACAACACUAAAAUGGAGCUUCAACAGAAACAGGAACUAAAAGAUACAAAACCACAUUUUGUUCUAGACUUUGGAGACUCUGAAGAAGUGCUGGAUACAACUCCAGUGACCGUUACAACUCCAGAUGUUCAAGUGCCACAGAUUUCAACAGAAAAAACAACUCCAACUCAAGGCCAGAUCAUGUCUGACUUAGUGACUGAACAUCCUGCUGUUUCUCUUGCAAAAAAUUGGACUUCCCCAGAAAGACAAAAAAAUGAUAAUCCAGCGCUUCCCUCUGAAACAAGGACAGAUCAAGCAACAGGAAGUAGGCCAUCUUAUGGGGAAUUUAAAAAUAUGUCAUCUCAAGAUCCAGGUCCUGAUAGGUUUUCUACCAUUGGUGGACCGCCUGAAAAUGUUGAUGAGGGUAAGGGAUUUCAAAUAAUGCCAGACGAAGAACCAUACAGACCUGCCCAUACCCCACACCCUCCAGCCACCAAGAGACCUACAACAACAACAACAGCAAAAGAGAGGCCCACAUCUACAACAACCUUUGACCUACCUUCAGGGGACACUACUCCCAUCCCAGUAGAAAAAGAAGUCUGGACAUCAACAACCCCCAUUUAUGAUCCUAGUGAGCAUAAUGGUCUCAGUGGUUUCUGUGGCAGGCUACAGUUUGAAGGCAUCAACUGGCCUAGAACACAGAUAGGUCGCAGUGCUACAGCCAAGUGUCCACCUCCCUUGUUAGGGAUGUCAUCGUUGUAUUGCUCUAGUAUUGGCUGGGACAAGUCUGGCCCUGAUAUGUCUGGCUGUACAUCUCCCUGGGUCAAUGACAUUGAUGCUAAGAUAAUGCAAGGACUCCACUCUGCUGACCAUGUGGCAGUAGAGCUGAGCGCUAAAAUCAAAGAGUCGGACAUGAGCUCAGGUGACCUGAUGAGGACAGCCACCAAACUUCUGCCAAAGCUGGCCAGAAGUCUGGACUACAACAAAACAGAUCUGGACAGCAAAAACAAGAUGAGGAAGUUUAAAAGGGCUUUCUUGGAAUCAAGUAGCAGUCUGUUGGUUAACAAGCACAUGCCAUCAUGGAAAAGGUUAUCCAGACAGUACAGGAAGAAAGCUGCCACUACAUUGAUUGUAUACCUAGAGGAGACUGGGUUCCAUGUAAGCAAGCACAUGGAGAUGGGCACAACAGAUGUGGAAAUAGACAACAAUAUAGUCAUGGAAAUGAAUGUGAUAAACUCUCGUUACACACACUCCGACCUGAGUUUCCCAGCUAGACAGAUCCUGACUCCAGCAUGGAAUAGGGAUCUGGACUUCAUUACCAUCUCCAAAGGCAGUAUGAAACACAUCGGAAAUGGAGGGAGACUGGAUGUGCUGUUUACCUUGUAUAAAAACAUGGAGGAGCUGAUGCAGCCCCAGACCAACACAGUCUCAACCUUCUCAGCCUCAGACAGCAACUACAACGCUGGCACAAUCAGUGACAGCAGCAGUAUAAAAUCAACAAGUGAUCCACCCACACUCGUCAUCAACAGCAACAUCAUCGGAGCUUCCAUCAACAACUCACAGCUUGAUUCCUCCCUACCUGAGCCUGUCAGAUUUACCUUGCACCAUCUGCAGACACUUGAAAAUGCUGCUCCUGUGUGUUCCUUCUGGAAUAUUGAAAUUGGCCAACUUGUUGGUCAGUGGUCACAAGAUGGAUGCCGUCUGCUGCACACCAACUUGACCCACACCACCUGUGAAUGUGAUCACCUGACCAACUUUGCUGUGCUGAUGGAUAUCUCUGGGGUCAAGCUGUCAGAAGAAAAUGAACUAGCCCUUAGAGUAAUCACCUUUGUUGGAUGUGUUAUCUCUAUUGUCUGUCUCAUGCUUAGCUGGACAACCUUCAUGGUGUUUAAAAAUCUGCAGUGUGACAGAAACACAAUUCAUAAAAAUCUGGUUCUUUGUCUUCUGCUGGCAGAGAUUCUCUUCCUGGGAGGCAUAGCUCAGACUGAGCCCAAGAUUGUUUGUUCUAUAAUUGCUGGCGUCCUACACUACCUGUUCCUUGGAGCAUUUGCCUGGAUGUGUCUUGAAGGCGUCCAGCUCUAUGUGAUGCUUGUUGAAGUGUUUGAGCAGGAGAGGUCAAGGGUCAUGUGGUACUACAUGUUUGGUUAUGGUGUUCCUGCAGUUAUUGUUGGCAUCUCUGCAGGCAUAUAUCAUCAGGGUUACGGCACUGCUAGACACUGUUGGCUAACAACUGAGAAAUCUUUUAUUUGGAGUUUUGUUGGCCCAGCUUUAGCAGUAAUGAUGGUCAAUAUUAUUAUGUUGGGUAUCGCAAUCUAUACAAUGUGUCGCCAUUCCAACAUGUCUGCUACAAUGAAGGAAAGAUCAAAAGCAACAAAAUUUAGUGUUUCAGAAAGUCUCAGCAGUAUGGAGACUUUUGCCUCUCCUAAGCUCCGCUUUCCUGAUUUGCCUGCCUGGCUGAAGGGAGCCAUUGUUCUGGCAAUACUUCUGGGACUGACCUGGCUACUGGGUGUCCUGUACUUGAAUGAAGAGUCAGUGGUCAUUGCCUACUGCUUCACCAUCCUCAACAGUCUACAGGGCAUGUUCAUCUUUUUCUUCCACUGCAUCAGAAAUGAGAAGGUCCAGAAAGAGUAUCGUAAAGUAGCCAGGAGAACUUCCUGGUUACCAAACUGUAUCAGGGUCAACUAUGGCGGCUACACAGGAGUUCAGUCCAGCUCACCCAUUGUUUCAUCAGGUUCUGGAAAUUAUCUGUCAAGGAUCUUUGGGCCAGGUCGUAACAAGAAGUCAGCUACAUCAACCAACAGUUCAGCCAAGCCAUUCCUCAGUAAAGACCAGCACAGAAGAUCUGACACGGAGAACUCAGCCAGCCGUGACUCCAGUGCCGCCCCCUCCUCCCUGAAUGGCUACUACUACUCACCAGGCUACCCUAAUGGGAACCCGUACAUGAAGGCCACGGCUUUUGAAAACGGCAAUGGCUUGAAAGGCAUCAGCAACGGCCAUGCUCAGCUCCCUCCCUUCUAUGAGACUGGGGGCAUGGUGGGGGAGCUUUCUGAGUACAUUGACUGCUCCGUCAUUGAUUCGGAGUAUGUUUCAGAGUAUUGUCAGCACAAUAUGCAGGUAUGUAUGGAGGAGAAGCGCUACUCAACAGGGUCUGAGGACAGUAAAAUAGUUCCAGCCCCCAUCAUGAUCAGAGAAAAUGACAACCUAUCAACUCUGUCUCUGGCAUCAAGCAGCAGGAAACCUUCCUCCCUAGUGUCUUCGUCUGAGUGUGUCACCAGCUCUCUGAGAGAUGGCUUGGACUACAAACAAGCUGAGAGCCUUCAGAAGGAAGGCGGCGGCGACCCGCGCCUGAAUCUGAACCAGUACAUUAUUCCCACGUCGAGGAAGAACAACAACAAUAAUAAAGUGAAUGUGACGAACCACCAGGGGGGUGACAGCCUUAAGCCCAGGGUGCCAGACAGCCGGAGCUUCAGCCUGAACAAGCUGGCCAAGCCUGCCGCGUCCCUGUCCAGCAUCCCUGAGACAGAAACCUCCCCGCAGCACUCCAGCACACCCAACCUGCAGUACAAGCUGGGGUUCAACGACCCGCAGUCAGAGUCUGGGUCGUCCACCACCGCCAACACUCCAGACAGUCUCAGCCAUUUCCGGAACAUUCCAAUGGACAGCUGCGAGGAGAUGUCCCCCUCGUCCACCAUGGACAGCCCUUCCUCCAUCAAAUCCAGCCUGCCCAACUUGGAGGCCCUGUCCAUCGAGUGCAUGGACAACCCAGACCUGAGCUCUCUCAAGCGCAGACAUUCCUCUGAAAAUGACGUUCAGUUUAGCCCAUUCCGGUUCACAUCCACAGACUGUUGAGAUGGUCAUGUGAUUGUCACAUGACUUUACUACAAACCAAAACAAUUCAGCAUUUAAAAAAAAGCAUGUUUGAUCAGGGUAAGGUGGGCAGAAUAAGCAAACAUUCUAGUGUCUGAAAAGGUCCAAUGUAAAUACAACCAUAGUCUUCUCUUUCAUUCCACAAACAAGAAAAUGUAUGCGUUAUACAGAGUUUUGCUGAUCAUAUGUUUAUCAUAGAUGUUGCUGAGUACAUGUAAGAUAAAAUUGCUGAAAAUACGUCACCAAAAAUUGCUGAGCAUAUAUCGCACUGAGAAGCCUGAAUAUGCUUAACAAUGUUAUACUACAUUUGAGCAAUAAAUUAUACUAUGUAUUCAUUAAUAGUUACAAUUCUCUGACAUUAAAGAUUUAAUUAUCUGUACAUAAAACAAAUGAAUGGAUUUUAUAAACAUUGAACUUGAUCAAAUUUAUUUAAUGAUAUGUAUAUUGAACCACUUCAUUUCCAAUUGCCUUCUUAAAUUAAAAACUCACCAACUGGGCUUUAUUAUUUAUUGAAAUUAAAUGAAGCCAAAAGGUACACAAUUGUUUUCAUACAUCAUUAUAUAAUUAUUAAACAUUAGCAUAGCUUCAUAAUUUUUUUUAUUAUUCACAUGUAACCUUGACAUCAAUUUUCUUUUCUGAAUUUUAACAUUUUCAUUUUUACAGUAAACUUGACAUAGAAUUUUAUUUUAUUUUAAAAGAUACUUGAUAAUUAGACUUAAUUAGAUUGUACUUACCAGUUGCUGCUAAUGUAAAUGAAUUCAGUUUUGUUGUGCCAUAUUGUAUUUUGUGAUUCUUGUCAUGUGCUAUAUUUAAACAAACCAAUAAUUAAAAAUAAAAAUAAAUGAAUGAAAAAUUGAUGAUUGUGUUUUGGCUUGUUUUUGAUAAUUUUUUGAGAGAAUGUUUUAGUGGGAUUUAAAUUUGCUGACACAAAAGCAUUAAAAAAAUCAUCUGAGGUUUUGCUAAUUUCUUUUUUUUUCCUUUAAUUUAUUGUUAAAGAAAUUAUUCUAUCUUUGUAGAAAACAGUAUUUUGCUCUCAUAUAAACAGAACACAUCAUGUCUGUUAAAUAAAAGUAGGGACUAGUGCCAGUUAGGAGUUGUUACUGGUGUUCAAAGCUAUUUAUAACUGUAAUCUAUCAAUCAUUACACAUUGCAUGUUAUGGACCCUACUCCAACUUGAAACUUCAAGAUUUAGUUAAGUGGGAAAAAUGUUUUUUUAUAGAUAAUAAGAAAUUACUAUAAAAAACUAUCCCCGUUGUGGUUUCUUAUUUUUAUAAACCUUGUUAAAUGGGGCUUGUGAUUGUAAAGAACAAUUUUAAGCGAAAUUCAAAGAUUAACCUUAAAAAUCUUAAUACAUAUUCUAUUCGGCAAAUCACCAAACAAUGAAUACAAUUUUCACACAGAUGUCUUUUGUUUUGCGAGUUAAAACACACUUUUUUUGUUUAGAAAACAAUUAGCUUGUUUCUGUGUUGCCAUGAAAGUUUAUUUAAAUGUAAUAUUUUCAUUUGAUUUUCACUUAGUAUUUGAUUAUUUAGUUGUAAGUUGUAAAAAUGAGUUUUUUUAAUCUGAAUUUUAUUUUUCAUUUUUAUAUCUUCAAUCUGUGAAAUACAGACUUGCUUAUCAAAGGUUGUGACUUGUUAAUUAAAUAAUGUAUUUAUAAUUAAUUGUUUGUUUCAAUCAACCAAUCAUUGGUCGACCACUGCCCAAUUACUUUACAUUUUGACCAAACAUCAAAAAUAUUUUCUUCCACACUUCGAAAUUUAAAAAAUUCCACUUGGUGAAAAUUAAUCAAGAAACUUUAAUUAAAUGAAGUCUAUGAAUCCAUAUAACUAUUACAAUUAAUUCUUUUUAACUCUAAAAAAAAAAAUAAAGAAUAAAAUUUUUACUUAUUUUGAUGGGCUCUGAUGUUGAAACUGGCCAGCUGAUUGGCUCUGAUGUAUUUGUAAAUAAAUGUUUUAGCCCAUUUGAUUGGUUGCUGGGCCAUACAUAUCUCAUUCAACGGUUGUGACAUGUAAUUAGCCAUUCCUAACUAAAAGGUUGUAAUUUUCACCAAAGUGCCUUCUUUUAAAUAUAUUCUAUAAUUACAUUUAAUGAUGAAAUCUCCCUGACUUUUUUCUCUUUGAUUUUACCACAUAACUCCCUUAUGUUGUAUGUUCAUUUUUUUCAAGAUCU